CAAUAGAAGCCAUUUGUACUACAUUUCUAAUUAGAAACAUUUUCCUUAUCUCAUCACAUACAUUCUUAUCUUAUCCUUUCCUUCACUAGAAACUUGUGUAGAUGGGUCGUGGCAUAGCCUUUGGACGCUUUGAUGAUUCUUUCAGUGUGAGCUCCAUUAGGGCUUAUGUUGCUGAGUUCAUCUCAACCUUGAUCUUUGUUUUUGCUGGUGUUGGUUCAGCCAUAGCCUAUGCUAAGUUGACAUCAGGUGCAGCUCUUGAUCCUGCUGGAUUAGUAGCAGUUGCUGUUUGUCAUGGUUUUGCUCUUUUUGUUGCUGUUUCUGUUGGAGCCAACAUAUCUGGUGGACAUGUCAACCCAGCUGUGACCUUUGGGUUGGCUAUUGGGGGACAGAUCACUAUCCUCACUGGUAUCUUCUACUGGAUUGCACAACUUCUUGGUUCCAUAGUGGCAUGCUUUCUCCUCAAGUAUGCCACAGGAGGCUUGACAAUUCCUAUCCACAGUGUUGCUUCUGGAGUUGGAGCUGGUGAAGGAGUUGUGACAGAGAUUAUCAUAACAUUUGGAUUGGUGUACACAGUGUAUGCCACAGCAGCUGAUCCUAAGAAAGGGUCAUUAGGGACAAUUGCACCAAUUGCUAUUGGUUUGAUUGUUGGUGCCAAUAUCUUAGCUGCAGGACCAUUCUCUGGUGGGUCAAUGAAUCCGGCACGUUCAUUCGGGCCUGCAGUUUUAAGUGGUGACUACCAUAACAACUGGAUCUAUUGGGUUGGACCUCUUAUUGGUGGUGGUUUGGCUGGUGUCAUCUAUAGCUAUGUCUUCAUGCCCUCAGACCAUGUACCUUUGGCUAGUGAUUUUUGAUUUGAUUGAGGUUGUUUUGUAGCUUUUGUGAUUUGUGUUCCUCGCCAAUAAACUGGAGAUCUAUUGCCCUCAGACCAUGUAACUUUUUCUCUAAAAGGACCUCUGUUGCACGAACACUUCUGAUUGAAGGUGUGUCCAUGUGUCUGACACGUAUCGUGUCCGACACCGACACUUGUGAUUACAUUGAAUUAUGUCAUUUUCUCAAAAUUUUAUCUGUGUUGACGUGUCAGUGUCAGUACCGUGUCCGGUGUCCAUGUAUGUGUCUGUGCUUCAUAGAAAAUGACCCUUUUCUAUCAUUUACAAAUCAAUCAAUGAAAUCAUUCAAUAUUUCUUCUAUCUAA